UCGAGAGAGCGAAAAGCAACCAGCGAAGAGAACGAGGAAGGAAGGAAGUCUUAGAGGGAAGUGGAGGAACGUUUGGCCUGCGGAGUUUUUCAACACCGCGACGCCAUGGCUCAGCUGCGUUGUGCUUUCGCUCUCUUGUCCAUCGUCUUUCUGCUUGGUGUCGGCAUUGUCCAUGGCAGGACGACGAGUCAUGCCCGCCGUCAGCCGCCUGCCAAUGUGAAUUACGCUCAAGUGUUCCGCAUUCUCGAGGAGGCGGAGAGGGAUGCUAAUUUACAAGCUGUGGGGGUGGCCAAGCAGGCAAAUGCGGCGAACGGCCUCCUGGGAACUCCAACCAUUCAUCCGUGUCCAUCGUUCAACGCUGAAGAGGAUGUCGCGACCAUCGACACGGCCAUUACCGAUUUAUUUGGGGAAGGGAUGGGCAAACUGAUUACGAUCGCGACCGAGCGAAGCUUCAGUCAACGGGCGGCGAUCUACAAUCUUUACUUCAAGAAUACGGGCAAGGUUCUUACCAAGGUGCUGGCGGACGAGCUGGGUUCCAACUCCGACCUCUACCAAGGUUUUUAUGCUCUGCUUGAGCCGGCGGCCAUGCGGGAUGCUUUUUAUCUCUACGAAUCUAUGGCUGGCGCAGGUACCGACGAUGCAGAGCUGAAUGAGAUCAUCGUUACACGCACUUUCUAUCAGUUGAAAAUCAUAGCGCAGGUGUAUAAGGAGGUGUACGGUACCGAGCUUGUCGACGAUAUUGCGGGCGACUCCUGGGGAAUUGUUGAAACCCUACUCAACAAGAUUGUAACAACGCCUAGGAAGACCGAAUUUGCCACGCCUGAUCGUGUUGAUCAACUCGCUCAGGAGCUGUAUGAUGCGGGUGCUGGCAGAUGGGGCCGCGAUGAUGCAAAGUUCAUCGAGAUCUUCUCCUCUGAGAGCUACACCACUCUCAGGGCUGUGUUCCAUGCGUAUGAGGCUAAGUUCCAGGACACCGUGCUGUCUGCCGUGUCGUCCGAGUUCACGAGGAAAGCGAGAGACUUGUACAUGACAAUGGUGAGGGCGAUCUUGUCCACACCGCAGUUGUUUGCCGACACUAUAUAUGCUGACAUUGCCGGACUGGGCACCUAUGAACAUGGUCUGGCGCGGCACAUCCUCGCUCGUGCCGAUAUCGACCUUGUGGAAAUCAAGAAACAGUAUCAUUCCAAGUACAAGGAGACUCUCACUGAGGCUGUGAGUGGCGACAUAAGUGGCGAUUACUUGAAGCUUCUUAUCGCUGCAAUCAAGCAAGAGGAUGGAGCGAGCCUCAACACCCCGAACAAGUCUCAACCUGUCCAGGUUGCAUGAUCUGGCCUUGAUGUGACACGAUGGGUCCAGAUGGCAUAAUUGGUCCGCUGCAGGUGGUCGCAUACAAGCGGCAGUGGAGUCCCAGUGGAGUCCCCGGUUGCUUCCAGCAUGAUUGAUCCACAUUCCAGCCGGCAUGACGGAUGCGAUGCUUGUUUAUACACAAAACUAGCCUAAGGUCUUAUCGAUCAAUUGAUGCUAGCAUUGAUAUUAUCUGAUAAAUCCGCUGAUGGGUGAUCCAUGACCCGGAAUUCGAUGCACUGGGGUGGGGUUAGGGGGGGGGGUACAUGACCGUUACGGUACAUCCCCGUCACCCGUUUACAAUGGACAGUUCACACAGACAGGGUAGAGAGGACACGAGGAGGUCUAUCCAGGCGGCGUGAGCAAUCUGUUGAUUGGUAAUGCAUCGGUCGGUCGACGGUCAUCAAUCAAUGAAAUGAUGAACUGUGUGAUAUAUUCCCGGACGAAUGAUAAUAUAUGACCCAGGUCGCAACUUUAAGUGAGAUUCCCUCAGGCUCUCAGGGAUCAUCUGAUCUGAUGUUUGCAAUAGAAACUAAGUCUUUCCUUUGGAUAGCGUUGUCAUGACGUUGUCAUCGGAUUCCACGGUUUCUUCGUAGAUUGUAGUCGAUGUGAGAAUCGAAUUGAUGGGAGGAGUGUGUAGUAGAGUAGGGUAACCUGUCCAUCCUGUCCGAUGUCCAUAGAACAUAACACAACAGAACAUAUAACAUGAGGAACAGAUAGAACAGAACAGAACACAACAGAACAUAACAUGAGGAACAGAACAGAAUAGAACAGAGAGGGGCUUGAGUAGAAAUCAUGAUGUUACUCCCUAUUCUCCGAUCUUUCAUGGAUCAAGACUUCUUCUCUGCUGAGUAAAGUCAGUAUAGGGGAUAUUAGAUCAUAGGAUGCUGAAUUAACCAUAGUCUGAAUAGAAUCGCUACAGUAACUCUAGGACUAUAGCAAAUAGGUUGGAUGAAUACCUCAGUGGAACCACAGCCUGAGUGGAGUACCAGUGCAGUCCCAGUGCAGUCCCAGUGGAGUCCCAGAUGGUUGUCCAGUCGUAGUUGGUUCUCCAGUCCCAUUUAGCUUGGGCUGCUUGGGGGUGCUUUUAAAUUAUAGUUUGAUGAGAUUAGGCUCAUUGGUUCCGGUCACUAGAUUAACUAGUAGAUCAGACACUGGUCAAUGCCGCCAGGUUGACUUAGAAAUUAUAGAAGUGAACAGUAUGAUUGUUGCUGCCCCUAGGAGUAGAAAGGCGGUGUCGUUUGUCUAGGGGAAAAAAAAAGCAUAGUUACUGCGUGGCAGUGCAUGGUAAAAAAAAGCUGCAUAGUUACGGCAUGCCGGUGCUUGGUACACCACAGUGGAUUGAUGUUGUGCAAUGUUAAUAAACUUUUUCUUUCUUG